AUGGCGAGUUCCGGUUCGCGUGCUGACGUGGCACACGGGGCAGCAGCUUGGCAGCAGGGUCGAGCUACGCAUCAGCAGCCGGAGAUUAAGAAGCUUCCUCUCGUCGACGAAUCUGGUCGGUUGAACAUUGAGCUACAUGGAUAUCCCAAGCUGAACGUCUACUUCGUUGACCUCUUCCACACCCUGGUCAACAUGCCUCUGAAGCGCUUCUCAGUUGUGCUCGUGGCGGCCUAUGCCGCCCUCUUCGUUACCUUCGCCAUCCCCUUCCUUGCUUUUGCACAAGUGGACGGUCUGGAUUGCCUGCCGGGGGUCAAGCGAUUGGAUCAUGCAGUGUGGUUCACCGUGCAAUCUUCCAUGUCCAUCGGGUUUGGUGGCGACCUCACACCCCACCCGGACUGCUUCGUUGUCAACUCCUUUGUUGCUGUUCUCUCUGUGGUGACUCUCGGAUUCGCCUACGCCCUACUGGGUGUCUUCUAUGUCAAGUUCUCUCGCCCCACCCGGCGUGCCGGCACGAUCAAGUUCAGCCAGUGCAUGGUCAUGUACGAGGAGCUUGGGCAGCUCCGCCUCUCCUUCCGAGUGGCUGAUUUCAGGAAGCAUCAAAUCAUAUCUGCGCACGUGCGCAUGCUAGCGGCGCUCAACAACAACAUCCUGGCUCACGAGGACGAAUCCGUCUUCAAGUUCUCCCAGCUGCCUGUGGCGGGCGGCAGUCAGAUCUACCUGGGCCUUCCCUGCACUGUCACGCACGCUGUGACUCAUGGAAGCCCUUUAUAUUGCCUCUCGCACUCGAUGAUGGAGCGAUCGGAUCUUGAGAUCCUGGUGCUGCUGGAGGCGGUCGACUGCUCCACCUCUGCCACGCUGCAAGUGCGCCACUCCUACCGCCCGUGUGACAUCAAACACAAUUACCGCUUCGUGAAGAUGGUCUAUCGAGCUGCAAACGGCCGGCGCUGUGUGCAUAACAUGCCUCAGACCCCUCACCUCAACGCCUCCCCUCCGUCCCCCCUUCCUUUACUUCCCUUUCUCCUUUCUCCCCCUUCACACAACAUGUCUGCAGGACCUCUCUCUCUUCGAUGCCAUCGUGACUUCUCUCUCUUCGAUGCCAUCGUGUCUGCCUCAGACCCGUCUGCUCAGCCCCUCCGUCCACCAUCGCUCACCCGCCCCUCCUCCUUCCUCUCCCUCCUCAACCUUGCCGCUGCUCCCUCCUCCUCUGCUGUUCCUCCGUCCUCCUCCUCCUCCCCUGCCGCUGCUCCUGCGCAAGCUCUCACCCCGGUUCCUGCUCUUACCCCCACUCUUGCUCCCAUACUUCCUGCGUCUCCAGCAACAGUUGCUGUUAGCAGCACUGCAGCCACCCCCACUGUUCCGCGCAUUGCUCCUCCGCCCGUUGCUCCUCCUCCCAUUGCUCCUCCCCCCAUUGCUCCUCCGCCCAUUGCUCCUCCGCCCAUUGCUCCUCCGCCCAUUGCUCUUCCCCCCAUUGCUCCUCCUCGUAUUGGUGCAGCAGGCGGAGGACAGAGCCCUCUGGUGGCACAGCAUGCAACCAUUGACCUUACUCAUCCUUCCUCCCCCGCGUGCCCCCCAACCGUCACCUCUACCUGUCCCCAUCAGGUGCAGCAGGCGGAGGACAGAGCCCUCUGGUGGCGCCAUGCAACCAUCGAGCUCCCUUUACACCUUUCCACUCCCCCCAUCUCGCCCUUUCUGAUUGCCCCUCUUUCUCCCCUUCUCCUGACCCGCGCCUGUCCCCACCAGGUGCAACAGGCGGAGGAGAGAGCCCUGUGGUGGCGCCAUGCAACCAUAGAGCUCGCCUCCCGCAUACAGCACUGCACCACUCUGCACCCCUCUGCGCCCCAAUCAGUGUUACCCAAAAGCAGCAGUGAUGAUGUCAUGUCUGAUUUGCUGUGCAACGACGGCGAUGACAGCGGUUUAGGAGGGGGAUCGGCUGCAGCAGCAGAGGCACCACCACCAGCGCCAGAAGCAGCAGGUUUUGUGCAAGGCCAGAGCCGCAGCAGCAACGGCGCUGGUGGGUCGAUUCCGUGUGACUCUAUCGAGGGAAGGAGUGUGGCGGUUUCGAGUGCGCUGCUGCCGAUCGCCUCUAUUGCCACGGCUGUUUCAGCAGCAGCAGCGCUGGUAGAUUCACCGGAAGCACAGCUGCUGCAGGCUGCAAGGGAGGCGCUGAAUAAGGCUCUCUGUUUCGAGAAUGAAUGA